CUAUAAAUUCUUCCACCUCUCCUCCAUAUUUCACCACCAGCCUUGAGCCUUCUCAUCCCCUGAAGCAUUCUUCUUCUUCGUUAAUUCGUUUCUCGGUGUUUAUAGUCCAAGCUUGUUAGCGAGGAUGGCGAUGCAGAUGAUCGAGAACUACAAGGCUGAGGCCGAGGUCUACCAUGGAGAUCUUGCCCUCUGUAAGAAGAAAUCCACGCAACUACUCCAAGAGCUGGGCCUCCCCAAGGGACUGCUACCCCUGGAGGACGUCCAGGAGUUCGGCUACCACCGCGCAAGUGGAUUCAUGUGGCUCGUCCAGAAGAAGAAGAUAGAGCACACGUUCAAGAAGAUCAAGCAGCACGUCUCCUAUGCCACCGAGGUGACCGCCUUCGUGGAGCAACGCAAGCUGAAGAAGAUCACAGGUGUCAAGACCAAGGAGCUACUUCUCUGGCUCUCUGUCGUCGAAGUGUUCAUCGGCGAUCCCUCCUCCGGGAAGAUCACCUUCAAGACUGGCACUGGGCUCUCCGACAGCUUUCCGGUGCCGGCAUUUGAGGAAGAAGAGUAGAAGAGGAAGAGCAACUAUAAGACAUGUGGAUGUUCGUAUAAAUCUAGUAUUUGAAACUGUCCUGUCACUUGAUUUGUCAAUGUUUCGUGGUGGAAUCUUCUCAAUGUGUGCUAAAUAUAGGUUUGUACUUCUGUCUAGAUAUUUCUAGCGAACACGCGUAAUGUUAAUGUUGUUCUGUAUCCCUCUAUUGAUGAUGUGAUGAUAGAACUAUUCAAUUC